UCCGGGAUCGUUAGCACACGCAGUCAGACCAAGUCAGCCGCCGACAGCGAUUCGACUGCCGGUGUCAUCUACCUAGUGCCCACGGACUUUAUAAAUGCCUGGCGUCGUUUUAUACGCUCACCAUCACUGGCGACCCUGCCCGACGAACUACCAUCCGGGUUGGCUGCCGAUGACGCACUCUGUGAACACGACCAUGAGGACAGUGGAUGCAAGGCGACUGAGCAGAACCUUACCUGA